AGCAAUUCAGAUUGUAUACCAUACGGCAGAGGUAAAAAAUAUAAUCUCCUUGCACUAUGUAAAUCAAAUUGAUUUAUGUGUUAAUACAUACCUGCAACUUACAGGUUUGAUCCACAAUUUCUUAUUUUUAUAUACUAUUCUGAAAGUUUACAAUACAACCAUAUGUUUAUCGAUUUAAUAACUUAAUUACCUUUACCAUUACCGAACUUAUUAUUUUUUAUUCCAGAAGGAAAAGGUGACAUGUAAAGCAAAACUCUUAUGGCUGGCAUAAAAUAAUUCAAUUUACGGGAAUCGUUAAAACAAUUAUUUUUAAGAAGUAGAUUCCUGUAAAACAAAAAGUGUGUGUUUGGGUACCAGACAGAAAUUGGUAGUGGUUAGAAAGGCUUCUGCUCUUGAAAUAUAUAUGCUGGUAUAAAGUCAAGAUUGUGUUAUAUUGGAACAAAAUUUCCAACACGGCAAGUCAUCUUUCCGACCACGCUAACUCGGUAAAUCUCUGUUGAACUAUCAUUAUAUUGUGGAUGAAUUACUGCAAUUUAUCAUGAAUGGUUUCUUCAAAGUGGAUGGCGUUACGGGGAUGCGGCGCAUGUUCUACGCCGUUACACCAAACGAAACUUCGUUUCGAACAUUAGAUGAAGUUCCUGAAUACAUAAUAGAGGCAGCACCGUUUUUCUUCAUUUCUGUUAUCAUUGAAGAGGUCUAUCUGAGAUAUCAUGAUGGUGGAAAAGAUGAUCGAUUUGCAGACAGCAUCACAUCCUUGAUAGCUGGCAUGUUUAUGGUUAUUACAGGGUUAUUUACCAAAGCAAUUGAGCUUGGUAUCUAUGUGUAUGUGUUUGAUAACUUCUGCAUCUAUGAGCUUCAAUGGGAUAGUGUUUGGACAUGGUUAUUCGGCUUUCUUGCCAUCGAUCUUGGAUAUUAUUGGUUUCAUCGCAUGUCACAUGAAGUGAAUAUCUUUUGGGCAUCUCAUCAAGUUCAUCAUAGCUCGGAAGAAUUCAACUUGACCACAGCACUACGACAACCCAUCUUCGAGAAAUGUUACAUUUGGAUAUUUUAUAUUCCAUUGGCGUUCUUUCUUCCACCACCAUCAAUGUUAGUCCAUAGUCAGUUCAAUACCAUUUAUCAAUUCUGGAUACAUACAGAGAUCAUCGAGAACUUGGGACCAUUAGAGUAUAUUCUGAACACACCCAGUCAUCAUCGAGUUCAUCAUGGUCGUAACCGAUACUGCAUCGAUAAGAAUUAUGCGGGCACACUUAUCGUCUGGGAUAGACUGUUUGGAACAUUCGCGGAAGAGGAUGAAAGGGUUGCUUAUGGUUUAGUACAUCCUCUCACCACAUACAAUCCAAUUUCUCUACAGUUUUGUCAUCUUCAGUGGAUGUGGAGUGUGUUUUGGUCUACACCUGGACUGAUGAAUAAGAUCUCAGUUAUCAUCAAAGGACCAGGAUGGGAACCAGGAAAACCUAGGACUGGACUUAUUGAAGAUAUACCAGAUAUCUGUGGACCUGAAUUGAAUAAGUUUAAGACUACCAUCCCAAGAUGGAUGAGAGCUUACAUCUUGUUUCAUUUUGCCAUCAACUUCGUACUAUAUCAGAUGUUUAUAGACCAUCACACGGAAUUAUCUCCAGUACUAGUCUUGGCAGUAAUGUUAUACCAGAUCUACACCUUUACUUGUAUCGGCAUGCUCUGUAAUCUCAAAGCUUGGUGGAAUAUCCUAGCUGAGAUGAUGCGAUGUGCACUUGUCUUUGCCUUGACGACUUUUUUAAUUCAUCAAGAUGGCGAGCUAGUAUACGCCCUUCUCUUCCUACAGAUGAUCUAUGGCCUCUCUAUGGUCUUCUGGUUCGUUCAUAAUAGAUUUCCGAACGAUGGAACUAAAUGUAAAGUUAAGUAGUCCUAAACAAUAGAAAACUAUAGCUUAAUCAUAUGUCUUCUUUUUUAAUAUGUUCUUUCUCAAAUCUAAUGUGGUGUGGUAUGGUUAAAACGGGGAAGGAUAUGCUUCACCAAGCAAGGGGAGGUAAAGAGAUCUAUUGUAAUCACAUAAUAUGUUGUAAAUUGUUGUGUAGACUUUAAUGUAUGUGUUGUUUCUUUAAAGAGGUACUCCAGACUAGAUACAGUAUGAGUUGAACAGAUAUAGUAAAGUCAGACAAAAAGCAUAACACUGAAAAUUUGAUUUCAACCAGACAAAAAAAAUGAUGAAAUCAUGACAUUUUAAAGUAUUGCAUUAUUUUAGUGAAAGUGUUAUAUGCAUGUAUUUACGAAUAAGCAAUGAGUUACCUGAUUUAAUUAUGAAAUAUCCACACUUCAUAUUUUUCAUUUUAUUACAUCAAAUUAUCUUUAUUUGAAUUUUUGCUCCAAGGAUGAAAUAUGGGUUGACAAAUAAUUAAAUGUGUAAGAUAAUCAUAACGUCAACUUAGUGGGAGACAUUUCAUGCACAUUAUGAAAAUACUAAAAAAAUUAUUUU